AUGACCGCCCAGAAGAUCGAUGGCACUGCCAUCGCGAAGAGUAUCCGGGCAAGGUUGCAUUCCGAGAUCCAAGAGAGGAAGAAGGCAAACCCGAAGUACAUCCCUUCGUUGAAUAUCAUCCAGGUGGGUGACCGGACUGAUUCUUCCACAUAUGUCCGCAUGAAGCUCAAGGCGGCCGAGGAGGCCGGCAUCUCAUGUGAACUCAUCCAUCUGCCUACCGACAUCACGGAGGCAGAGCUCCUCCAAGAGAUCUACAAGCUGAACAACGACACUUCCGUCCAUGGAAUCCUGGUCCAGCUUCCAGUCCCAGAUCAUAUAUCUGAGUAUGCCAUCACCGCGGCAGUCAUUGCCGAGAAAGAUGUCGAUGGCUUCGGCCCUGAGAACAUCGGUGAGCUCGCAAAGCGGACUGGCCACCCUCUCUUCACCCCAUGCACUCCCAAGGGUGUCAUGGUCCUGUUGCGAGAGUCUGGAGUCGACCUCAAGGGCAAGAAUGCCGUCGUCGUGGGCCGAAGUGACAUAGUCGGUGCCCCGGUCAGCUAUCUUCUCAGACAUGCUGACGCCACCGUCACGGUCUGCCACUCCAAGAGCACAGACCUGGAGGCUCAUCUCAAACAAGCUGAUGUCGUCGUCGCCGCUCUUGGGCAACCAGCCUUCAUUAAGGGAUCUUCGCUGAAGCCUGGUGUGGUUGUCAUCGACGUUGGAACAAACUAUAUUCCUGACUCCACCAAGAAGUCUGGCCAGCGUCUCACCGGCGAUGUUGAAUUCGAGUCAGCAUCCGAGGUGGCCUCCUUCAUCACGCCCGUGCCAGGUGGUGUAGGCCCUAUGACUGUAGCAAUGCUGCUGGAAAACGUUGUUGAUUCUUGCACGCACUAUUUCGAGAAACAGAAAAACAGGAAGAUUGUGGCCCUGCCAUUGAAGCUGAAGGAGCCUGUCCCGUCGGACAUCGCAGUGUCCCGAGCCCAGACCCCGAAGCAGAUCACCCGCGUGGCUGGCGAGAUUGGAAUCGCUCCAGGAGAGCUUGAGCCUUAUGGUGCACACAAGGCCAAGGUUGACCUGUCCCUGCUCAAACGUCUGGACCAUCGCCGAAAUGGCAAGUACGUGGUUGUCACUGGCAUCACACCAACGCCCCUCGGCGAGGGCAAGUCGACCACGACUAUGGGCCUUGCGCAGGCUCUUGGUGCUCACGUCGGCAGACUGACAUUCGCCAACGUACGCCAGCCCAGUCAGGGCCCAACGUUUGGAAUCAAGGGUGGUGCCGCUGGCGGCGGUUACAGCCAAGUCAUUCCCAUGGAUGAGUUCAACAUGCAUCUUACCGGAGAUAUCCACGCCAUUACGGCAGCAAACAACCUCUUGGCCGCUGCCAUCGAGACUCGUAUUUUCCACGAGAACACCCAGAAGGAUGGCCCUCUGUAUAAGCGUCUCGUGCCGGCAAAGAACGGAAAGCGAGUAUUCGCUCCUGUCAUGUUCCGCCGGUUGAAGAAGCUCGGCAUCGACAAGACCAAUCCCGACGACCUCACCGAGGAUGAAAUCCACAGAUUCGCGCGAUUGGACAUUGAUCCAGAGACAAUCACCUGGCGACGUGUACUCGAUGUGAACGACCGUCACUUGCGAGGCAUCACCGUGGGAACGGCGCCAACUGAAAAGGGCCAGACUCGUGAGACGGGCUUUGAUAUUUCCGUGGCCAGUGAGUGUAUGGCCAUCCUGGCCCUCAGCACCGACCUCCAGGAUAUGCGGGAGAGACUUGGUCGCAUGGUCGUUGCCACAUCAAGAGGUGGAGAUCCAGUGACUUGCGACGACAUUGGUGCCGGUGGAGCUCUGACUGCCUUGAUGAAGGACGCCAUCAAGCCCAACCUUAUGCAGUCGCUGGAAGGGACGCCAGUCUUCGUCCAUGCGGGCCCCUUCGCCAACAUCAGCAUCGGAAACAGCUCCAUUCUCGCCGACAAGAUGGCGCUCAAGCUAGUGGGCACAGAGCCUGACGAGGAGCACGAGGCCAAGGCCGGCUUUGUUGUCACCGAAGCCGGAUUCGACUUCACCAUGGGCGGCGAGCGGUUCUUCAACAUCAAGUGCCGAACUUCCGGCCUCGUGCCCGACGUCGUCGUCGUGGUCGCCACUGUCCGUGCCCUGAAGGUCCACGGCGGUGGCCCACCGAUCUCCCCAGGAGCAGCUCUGCCACAGGUAUACAAGGAAGAGAACGUCGAGGUCCUGCGCAAGGGCUGUGUCAAUCUCAAGAAGCACAUCGAGAAUGCCCGUGCGUACGGCGUCCCUGUAGUUGUUGCCAUCAACAAGUUCGUCACCGACACGGACGCGGAGGUCGCUGUCAUCCGAGAGGAGGCCAUCGCGGCCGGUGCGGAGGACGCGAUUCUGUCUAACCACUGGGCUGAGGGUGGCAAGGGUGCCAUCAAGCUCGCUGACGGUGUCAUUGCUGCGUCUCAGAAGCCAAAGGACUAUAAGCUGCUGUAUGAGGUCGAGGGCAACACUGUCCAGGAGCGCAUCGAAGCUAUCGCCAAGAAGAUGUACGGUGCGGACGCGGUCGAGUUCAGUGAGCUUGCGCAGAAGAAGGUCGACACGUACACGAGGCAGGGCUUUGGCAACCUGCCCAUCUGCGUAGCAAAGACGCAGUACUCGCUCUCGCAUGACCCAGAGUUGAAGGGUGCUCCGACCGGUUUCACUGUGCCUAUCCGGGAUGUUAGAAUGGCAGCUGGCGCCGGGUACCUUUAUGCCCUUGCUGCUGACAUCCAGACCAUUCCUGGCCUGCCGACCGCACCGGGUUAUCUCAACGUCGACGUCGACGCCGAGACGGGCGAGAUCGACGGUCUGUUCUAG